AUGGAUUCUGCGCGCUGUCGCCUGGCGAAGCGCGGUGACCUGGCCGCCGCCUCCCCGAGCCAGAGACUCGUCCACAGCUGCCGGAGCAAGCGGAGCGCCGUGGGCGGCUCAAGCCAAGAGGACGGCACGGAUGGGAGAGAUCUCCACCACCUCCACAACCACCACCACCACCUCCACCACCACCUCCACCACCUCCAGCAGCAGCAGCACCACCAGAGCUCUCACCCGGCACCGCGGGAGUCCCUUGACGUGGUGAGGCCGGGCGCGCCGUGCCUGGACGUGGCCGGCCUGCUGGCCUGCGCCGGGUGCUCCGGCCGCGUGCGGCCCCCGAUCCGCCAGUGCCCCCGGGGCCACCUCGCGUGCACCCCCUGCACCGUCGCCGCGGGGCCUUCCCCGCGGUGCCCGGCGUGCUGGGGGCCGGCGGCCGCGGCCAGGAACCUCGCGCUCGAGAGGCUGGCACUCAUGUGCGGGGUCGCCACCUAG